AUGUUCGAGCCUGGCGCCCGCCACUCCUUUUCCUUGGCCUUAGGACGUAACAUUGCCAAUCCGACUGCCAUUCUUCUUGCCACGGCUCAUCUUCUACGGCAUAUCAAUCUUCCAGAACACGCUAACAAGCUUGAAACUGCUCUGCUCUCGGUAAUCCAAACUGGACGAAUACUCACGGAGGACGUAGGUGGCCGAUCAACGACAACAGACUUUGUUAAUGCUGUUUCUGAGGUCCUACAGCCUUAA